GACAGAUCUGCUGCGCGCUACUGACAUGCGAAUUUGUCCGUAUACAUUCACCGACAAAUCUGGAUAGACGAAGUUUUUGGUUCAUUCAGUUACUGAUUUCCGCGUUGUGAAAUGGAUAAUAAAAAGAAACUUGCGAUAAUUGGAGGAUUCAUAGUUUUAUUUGAUGAAAAGAAGAAGAAAAGACUGUGGUCAAAGCGGUGGUUCUUAGAACGAAGAAAGUAUUCUCAUAUGAGUUUAAUUAGAGAACUCCAAACAACAGAGCCUCAUGAUUUGCACAACUUUUUACGAAUGGAUAAAGAAGCAUUUGAAAUAUUAUUACAAUAUGUAGACCCAUUAAUCCAAAGAAAUACCACCCAUAUGAGAGAAGCAGUGAGUAGCAGAGAGCGAUUAAUUGCUACGCUACGGUACUUAGCAACUGGAAGGAGUGUUGAAGACUUGAAGUUUAGUUGUGCAAUCUCCCCACAGCUUCUCGGGAAAAUAAUACCUGAAACUUGUUGGGCAUUAUUUAUGACACUAAAAAACGAAUAUUUGAAGUUUCCAUCAAGCACAAAUGAUUGGCUGGAAAUCGCAAAUGGAUUCAAACGUUCCUGCGACUUUGAACAUUGCUUGGGAGCCAUGGAUGGCAAACAUAUUGCCAUAAAAAAACCGCCUAAUAGCGGUUCGUUUUUUUACAAUUAUAAGGGAUUUUUCAGCACCGUUUUGUUUGCCAUUGUAAACGCUAACUAUGAAUUUAUUUAUGUAUAUACGGGAAUAAAUGGCAGAGUUUCAGAUGGAGGUGUCCUGCAAGAGACCGAUUUUUACGAGAAACUCGAAAAUCAUACUUUAAAUAUUCCUCCUCCUCAUCUUGAAAAAUCAGCAGACAAAUUACCAUACGUUUUAUAG